AUGGCUUCUCCCGGUGGUUCUCGAGAAAUUCCGGCGGCGUUCGCUGAACCAGAUUCCGACGAUGAAGAAGCCCCUCCAGUCGAUACUACGUUUUUGGAUUUGCUUUGCAUUGCAGCGGAUACGGUUAUGAAACGCGAUGCUCGAAUUCGUUACGAGCAGCGAUUGGCUGAAGAGGCCAAGUAUCACAAGAAAAUCGCGAAGAGAGAAGAAGAAGAAGAAGAUCAAGUUAAUGGAAAGGGUAUAAAAAGUCUGUUUAACGAAGCUAAGGAAGCGAUCGAGAAGAGGAGGACAGAUUCUGACGAAUAUACAUCAUCAAGCAUUGGAAUCGAGUUGAAUCUGACGAAAGUAAAGGAGGUUCCUACGCUAAUGGAGAUGAGUUUGCGAGUUCUUGCUGAUAACUCUGAAGCAAUCACGUCUCUUAACCUCGUCCCUGAUCACUUGAGGACGAAGCUCUCGAAUCUCGUUAGCAGUAAAAGGAAACUCGACACGCGUUUUAUGAAGCUACUGAUACAGGGCUCUCCGUCUGAGAUCUCCGUCAAGAACUGCGUCGACAUAGAGGAGAAAGACUUGGCUAAUAUCCUCUGUGACUGUAACAGAGUUAGCUUGAAGGUGUUGAAUCUUGAUCUCUGCGGACGAGCCAUGACGGAGAACGUCAUAACCGAGUUCUUGAAACGCUCGCCGAACGGGUUCCCUUAUCUGACCAAGCUUUCUCUUCAAGGAGCGUUCUGUUUAACAAACAAUGGAUUGGCCUUGAUCGCGAGAUCUGCUCCUCUGCUUCGGAAUAUUAACCUCUCGUAUUGCUCUUACCUCACUUCCCGAGCUGUGAAGAUUCUUGCUGAUAACUUUGGAUCCACUCUUAGAGGGCUUAACAUCGGAGGAUGCCAAGGGAUCAUACCAUCUAAUGUAUUCAAGAGAAGCCUACGUAAGUUUGAGAAACUUAGCUAUCUCUCUGUUGCAGGGCUCAAUAGCAUUCAUGAUGUUGUUGCGGCGUUCGUUGCUUCUCGUGGCUCCAACCUUACUCAUCUUUCUCUCGCUUCUUGCACAUACUUGAAUGAUGGAACUAUGUGGACUGUUGGGAGAUGUUGUCCGAAUCUAGAAGUUCUUGACAUCUCACAACUGGAUUAUUUGACUGAUGCGUCAUUAAAAGAAAUUACCAAUGGUUGCAGAUCUUUGAAGUCAGUCAGAUUCACGAGAAACCGAUUUAGUGAUGAAGCUGUGGCCGCGUUUCUUGAAGUCUCGGGAGGAUCUCUUACCCAACUCUUCCUUGACCAUGUCCGAGAUGUCGGUCAAGAGACUGCCCUUUCGCUCGCCAAUACAUGUAAUAGGUUGCGUUAUUUGGACCUCUCUUGGUGUCGAAAACUCACAGAAGAAGACCUCAGACGGAUCUUGAGUUGUUGCUCGUUACUUAGAUCGCUUAAGCUAUUUGGAUGGAUGCAGGUGAGGGAUGAAUUUCUUGAAGAACUUUCAGGAUCACCAGUUCAUAUCGUUGGAUUGAAAAUGACUUCACUUUUUGCUCAUCUUGAUGACUUUUACACAAGUGUAGAUGACAAGUUCUUCUGAUGAGUGGGCAAGUUUUGGCGAUGUAUAGCAGUAAAGUCAUGAACUAUCUUCAUUGUUAGACCAAAUCAUCUCUACAGGUUUAUUGUAAAAAAGCUAGUUAUA